CCUUGGUUCCCAUAGAGCCAUGGAUUUCACCAACACGGCGUUCCUUUUCUCCACCCUCCUCUUUCUCUUCCUCCUGCUGCUACUCAAGAAGAACAGCUCCGGCCGACGAGCCAGUGCCAGACUGCCGCCCGGUCCAUCUAAUCUCCCUAUCGUAGGCAGCUUGCACCAUCUCCUUGGUGCCUUGCCUCAUCAGUGCUUCGCUGCCUUGUCUAAGAAAUUUGGCCCCGUCAUGCUUCUAAAGCUUGGCGAGGUCCCUACCCUCGUCGUCUCCUCGCCCGACGCGGCUGCUGAGAUCAUGAAGACCCACGACAUCAGCUUCGCCUCUCGGCCCACGAACUUGACUCUCCAGUCCUUCACGUACGGUGACAGGGGCAUCGGCUUUGCCUCGUAUGGAUCCCGUUGGAGAGAGCUGCGCAAGAUGAGCAUCCUGGAACUAUUGAGUGUCAAACGAGUCCAAUCUUUUCGCUUUAUCCGGGAAGAGGAGGUGCUUAAUCUUGUGCAGUCGAUUCUCCUGCUGUCCAACACCGGUUCCGCUGUGAACCUCAGUAGAAAAUUUGUUCUGUUGUCUAAUGACAUAGCCGCGCGGUCCAUCAUCGGGAGCAAGUGCAAGUAUCAGAAAGAGUUCCUACGGAUAAUAACGGAAGCGCUGGAAGCAGCGGGAGGCUUCAGCUUGGCCGACUUAUUCCCGGCAUGGCCGAUAAUUAACGUUCUCAGUGGCAUGUCUUCCAAACUGCAGAGAUUACACCGGGAAAUAGAUGCAAUCUUGAAUAGCAUCAUUCAAGAGCACAAAGAGAGGAAGUCCGUAGAGCAACCAGAGGAGGACUUGGUUGAUGUCAUGCUGAGAGUUCAAGCCGAAGGUGGCCUGUCAUUUCCCCUCGCAGACGAGUACGUGAAAGCUAUUAUCCUGGAUCUACUUGGUGGGGGCAGCGAGACUUCCGCAACAAUACUGGAGUGGGCCAUGUCGGAGCUGAUGAGGAAUCCAAGAGUGAUGAGGAGGGUGCAAGAGGAGGUGAGGGAGACUGUCGGAGGAAAGGGAAAGGUGACAGAGGAAGACAUCGACGGAAUGAACUACUUGAGACUGGUAAUCAAGGAGACUCUGAGGCUGCACCCUCCGGUUCCUCUGCUGCUCCCCCGAGAGUGCCGGGAGGCGAGUGAGGUUCUUGGUUACCAGAUACCAGAGAAGACGAGAGUGUUCGUGAACAUUUGGGCCUUAGGAAGGGAUCCUCAAUACUGGGACAACGCGACUGAGUUCGAGCCAGAGAGAUUCGAAGGGAGGAACUCGAUGGUCGACUUCAAGGGAACCAACUUCCAGUUCCUACCUUUCGGAGCAGGAAGGAGGAUGUGCCCGGGGAUGUCAUUUGGGUUGGCGAGCUUAGAGACUACCCUUGCCUCUCUUAUCUACCACUUCGAUUGGGAGCUCCCAACAGGAGAUGAACAGAAGUAUAUCGAGUUGGACAUGAGCGAGACUUUCUUAUUGUCAUGCAAGAGGAGGUCGGAGCUUUGUCUGCGUGCUAUCCCUCGGAUUCCUCUGUAAACCCACCACAUCCUCAUCGUAAUAUCAUCUUUAUAUGAUAAUAUAUCCAUGAAUAAAUCCCUCGGAUUCCUUUGUAAUCCCACAACAUCCUCAUUG